CUCCCAAACUAAUAACUUUGUUUGGUCUUCACCUCUAGCUGUUUGGUGGUGCUUACCUUGCAUUUUUCCAGGUGAUUAAGAAAUAAGAAUGGAACCAUCAUUAUCACCCACACUUGUUAUUUAUUGCCUCCUCAUCAUCAUCCAAGGAGCGGUUUCAGACUUGAAGGCAGACAGAGAAGUCCUUCUAGACUUCGCUUCCGCAGUCGGCGGGGAGACACGGAGGUGGAGCAUCGGCAGGGAGGCCCCAAUAUGUAACGGGUCUUAUUGGGUGGGCGUGAAAUGCAACCCGGAAGGGAGCCGUGUAGCGGAGCUCCUCCUGCCGGGGAUGGGACUGAGCGGGGAAAUGCCGGAAAACACCAUAGAACGACUGGAUGCGCUCAGGGCUCUGAACCUGGAGAAUAACUCUCUAAUGGGAUCUCUGCCGCCCGACCUGAACCUCCCUCACCUCCGACACUUGAACCUCAGCAACAACCACUUUGGUGGCUCCAUUCCAACAUCACUCGCAGGAUUUCCUCCUUCCUCUUUUGCAGGGAACGUUUUGCUAUGUGGCCCGCCCCUACUAAAUCAUCAAUGCCGCCCACUUCACCGCAUUCUCAAUUCCAAGUCAUCGUCCUCGCUCUCCAAGUGCAAACCCAAACACUCAAAGAAAUGCAAGAAACAGAAGUACAUAGUUUACAGCGGCGUCGCUGCUGGAGGUGUCGGCGCUGUGUGUAUAUGCAUAUGCGUAUGCAUAUGCGUACGUCGUAAAUCUAGAUAAUGCUGCGGGAAAGAGUAAAGGAGGUUGGGACUCCCUUCAAUAUUCAUGAAAUCAUGUCAUUCAUAGAUAUGACCUUUACUUAUUUCAGUGUAUUCUCUCCCUAACACUCUCUUACUUCAAAGCGUGCUUUUAUU